AUGCAACCGCAAUGCAUAAUUCCAUCAUGUAUUGCUGUGAAGGAAUAUGGGAAGGUCGGGAAUCGUGAUACACGACGUCUUGGCACUGGCUUAGAUGAUCUCAACUUCUACAUUGGUGAUGAAGCCAUUGCCGCCGAGGGUAAAAACGACUUUUCCUUAAAGUGGCCUAUUCGUCAUGGCAUCAUUGAGGACUGGGACCUCAUGCAACGUUACAUGGAGCAAGUGAUUUUCGGAGUUUUGCGUGCCGAACCCGAGGAUCACUUUUUUUUAAUGACUGAACCACCACUGAAUACACCCGAAAACCGGGAGUACCUGGCCGAGAUUAUGUUUGAAACGUUUAACAUUCCCGGUCUCUACAUUGCUAUGCAGGCAAUGCUGGCUCUUGUAGCCUCUUGGGGAGCAAGAAAAGCUGAAGAGCGCUCUCUUACGGGUACAGUUAUUGACUCUGGUGAUGGUGUAACACAUGUUAUGCCUGUCGUUGAUGGAUAUGUGGUUGGUUCGUGCAUAAAGCACAUUCCAAUAGCGGGCAGAGAUAUAACCUCCUUCAUUCAACAACUCCUGCGUGAACGCGAAUCGGGAAUUCCACCGGAUCUAUCCAUGGAAGUUGCAAAGAAGAUUAAAGAGAGGUACUGCUACAUCUGUUCGGACAUCGCCAGGGAAUUUCGGAAGUACGACCUCGACCCGCAGAGGUGGCUCUCCACCAAGGAUGUUGUAGAACAUCCCAAACACCCUCCUGUUACUUUUGACGUUGGUUACGAGCGCUUCCUCGCUCCUGCGGUCUUUUUUCACCCCGAAUUUGUUAGUCGGGAUUACACUGAGUCGAUCAGUACUGUUGUUGACGGGGUCAUCCAAAACUCUCCAAUUGACGCUCGACGUGGUCUCUAUGCUAACAUUGUGCUUUCUGGAGGCAGUUCUAUGUUCAAGAAUCUGGGUCGUCGUAUUCAACGAGACAUUCAGAGUAUUGUGAAUACAAGACUGGAGAUGACGGAGAAGCUAACUGGUGGACGGAUGAAGCCCACGCCAAUAGAGGUGAACGUUGUUUCACACAGAAUGCAACGCUAUGCGGUGUGGCUUGGUGGGUCGAUUCUUGCUAGCACUCCUUGCAUUGAUCAUAAAUCCACAAAGUUUUUGCGGGGUGAGGACGCCAUGACCGCGGCCGUCACUGACAGACACACGACUAUUGGGCCGGAGUUCUACACGGCCUGUCACACACGUGCCCAAUACGAGGAAUAUGGACCGGCCAUCUGUCGGCACAAUCCAAUGUUCGCCUCUUUGACUUAG